CAAAAAAAUAAAAUAUAUAAUUGAUUAAAAGACAAUGAAAUAAUUAUGAUAAAAUCAAAAGCCAAGAAGCCAUUUGAAAACAAACCCAAAGAAUCCCAAAAGAACCGAAAAAUGAUGAGAAGACUCUUUAUUUUUUCUCUCUUUUUCUUCCUAUUCUUCCACUCAUCAUCUUCCUCAAGAUCUUCAUCAGAAUCUCACAUCUUCAUCUACGGUGGAUGUUCACCAGAAAAAUACAUUCCAAACACUCCUUUCGAAUCAAACCGCGAUACUUUCCUCUCCUCUGUCGUCACUUCCUCCUCCGACGCCUCCUUCAACAGUUUCGCCGUCGGCAAUGACUCUUCCUCCUCCUCCUUCCCCGUCUUCGGCCUUUAUCAAUGCCGUGACGAUCUCCGAUCAUCAGACUGCUCUAAAUGUAUCCAAAACUCAGUCGAUCAAAUCACACUCCUUUGUCCUUACUCUUACGGUGCUUCUCUCCAGCUCCAAGGAUGCUUCUUACGUUACGAGACCAACGAUUUUCUCGGGAAACCAGACACGAGUCUUAGGUAUAGAAAGUGCAGUUCCAAGAGCGUUGAGAAUGACUACGAUUUCUUUAAGCGGAGAGACGAUGUAUUGUCGGAUCUUGAGUCGACUCAUCUCGGUUACAAAGUUAGCCGUUCCGGUUUAGUCGAAGGUUAUGCUCAGUGUGUUGGUGACUUGAGCCCUAGUGACUGUACGGCUUGUCUUGCGGAAACUGUUGGAAAAUUAAAGAAUCUUUGUGGCUCGGCGGUUGCAGCUGAGGUUUACUUGGCUCAGUGCUAUGCUCGUUAUUGGGGUUCUGGUUACUACGACUUCUCUUCAGAUCCAACGAACGGAGAUAACGUGGGGAAAUCAAUUGCGAUCAUCGUAGGAGUCAUUGCUGGAUUUGCUAUUCUCGUUGUUCUCCUCUCCCUCUGCAGAAACUCCAUGCAUUAACAUUGAGGAAGACAUGGUUCGGGAUAAAAGAUUCUAGGGACCUGUUUUUGUUUUGCUUGAAUUCUCUUUAUUUUGGUACUUUGUAGGAACAUAUAUCCGUUACGGCUCGUUAUUGAUUAUUUUUGGUUUAUCAAAAGGAAAAAACCUCGAAGAGACCUUAUAAUAUAAGUAUGAUCUAGCUUUAAUGUACAAAUAAAUCUUUUAAUAGUGACCCGUAUUGUCUGCCUUGAAAAAUGAUAAGUUUAUUCCAUUAAAUAGUUA